AUGGAGAAGUGGCAAGCAUGGGCCGAAGCAGCCGAGCUGAGGGAGGUGGCAGGAGCGACAAACUACUGGGUGCUCGCUAUUAGUGCUGUCGCUGGCGUCGUAGUGUGGGUGGUGACCACUCCGUUGAGGAACGUCUCAUGGGCGUUCCUAGACAUCGUCGUUGACAACGGAAGGGCAGUCUACUUUUUCGCGUACACCUGUGGUGAUAGGUACCUUGAAGCUGCGCGGAACGCGAAUGGCUUAGCUCUACCUCCUCUUGAAAAUGCGUGCGCUCUAGUCUCGUUGACGUUCCUGAUUCCUAUUGCAGUGCUGCAAGAUUAUGAGGCACGAUUUGGGAUAACGGGAUGGCUGUGCUUGAGGUGGUGUGAGGCGUUCCACCACUCCUGCUGUCUGUUCGUGCCUGACGCGGUCCAGCUACUCUGGGUGUCCACUUGCAAGUAUGCCCGAGCGACAGGGGAAGCUACGGUGGCAGUGAUCGAAAGGACUGGCGAUUUUUUGAUGGGUAUCUACUUGGCUGCCUCGUUGCUAUUAUCUCUGCUGGUGUACUUGCCACCGACAAACUACUGGGUGCUCGCUAUUAGUGCUGUCGCUGGCGUCGUAGUGUGGGUGGUGACCACUCCGUUGAGGAACGUCUCAUGGGCGUUCCAAGACAUCGUCGUUGACAACGGAAGGGCAGUCUACUUUUUCGCGUACACCUGUGGUGAUAGGUACCUUGAAGCUGCGCGGAACGCGAAUGGCUUAGCUCUACCUCCUCUUGAAAAUGCGUGCGCUCUAGUCUCGUUGACGUUCCUGAUUCCUAUUGCAGUGCUGCAAGAUUAUGAGGCACGAUUUGGGAUAACGGGAUGGCUGUGCUUGAGGUGGUGUGAGGCGUUCCACCACUCCUGCUGUCUGUUCGUGCCUGACGCGGUCCAGCUACUCUGGGUGUCCACUUGCAAGUAUGCCCGAGCGACAGGGGAAGCUACGGUGGCAGUGAUCGAAAGGACUGGCGAUUUCUUGAUGGGUAUCUACUUGGCCGCCUCGUUGCUGUUAUCUCUGCUGGUGUACUUGCCACGACUGGUGUAUGAGAGCGUAGAAGGCGUGCUAGGAGGGCCGCUUGGCGUUGUUUUGGUGGUGUUCAUGGUGGAUGUCUAUUUUGAGAAGACAGGACUGGAGUCGAACGUAAAACAAGGAUGGAAUGGACUCGCUGGACGAAUAGGACGCCGUGAGGAGAGAGAGCGCGCCAGCUUGGAGCGUCUGCGUGGAACGCAAAAGAAAGGAACGCCGACGGAGACUCAAGCUGAGGGCGCAAAGCCGGAUGGAACGCCGAAGUGUGGCGUUCCAGAAGUGAUUACUGAUAAGACCGUGCGACCGGCGGUGGAGGGAACGACUCGGCGAGGGCGCCGAGGGUCGGUCGGGGAGAAUUGUCACGGUCUACAGCUAGAUGGAGGUCGCGCCAUACUCGCGGAUUGCAUCCAGAAGGUCUGCUCGCUACAAGGUCAACGAGCUACAUCCAACAAGAAAGGACAAGAGAAGCAGAUCUCGGCGUUCCACGUCUAG